AUGGCGGACCAAAAGGAUCCUUGGCGCAAUCCGUUCCGUAACGCCUAUUGGGAUCACCCCGGAUCGCAGAUCCCUCGUCUACAGGACAAGUUCAAGCCUGCUCCAUCAUCUUAG